AUUAUUAUAAUUAACCCAAGACAGCAAGACCAGAGAACGAGAUUCUAUCUACUGAUCUAUGGAUGAUUGUCGCCUUUAUCAUUUCCACAUUUUUUGUAGAUUUGAUUAAAUAAGCUUGAAUUUUCUAUCAAUUACAGAUGAAAUUUUUCGAGUACAAUUGUUUUAAACCAGCACCACAUACAUUUCCUGAAUCUAAGAAUCAAUCGUGUAUUUGGACACCUGUGUUCGGGCAAAAACCUCAGCCUUCACAAAGAAGUCAUCAUGCAGUAUGUGUAUGCGAUAAUCAAAUAUUCAUGUAUGGAGGGCGUGGAGUGAAAGGAACUACAAAUCAAUUCUGGGUGUAUUCAUUUGACGAUUCGAAAUGGGAAGAAAUUUUUCCAGUUGGGGAUGCACCUCCUCCUUUAGAAGGGCACACUAUGGUCGUAUAUGAUGAAAACAUAUACAUUUUUGGAGGGGAAACAAGUUUUGCUACGGCAGAUGAAUCUCCAUUAUGGUGUUACAACAUUACACAAAUGAAGUGGACAAAGAUUGGCACAGAAGGAAAAGUGAUGGCCCCUUGUGGGAGAAGGCAUCAUACAGCAGUUUUAUAUAUGGAUGCGAUGUGUGUUUACGGAGGAUAUCAAGAUCUGAUCGGACCUACUAGAGAAAUGUGGCUUUUUGAUUUUGAGACAAAGUCAUGGCAUUUUGAUGUUGCAGCAUCUUGUGAAUCUGCUCCAGAUGCGAGAUAUGGUCAUUGUGCAACUGUAAACAACCAAUCAAUGUGGGUUUGUGGAGGUCUGACGGGACUGAAACCAAAUGCUGAUGUAUUCAUUUGGAAUUUUGAAUUGAUGGUAUGGAUUCCUGUCAAAACAAAAGGUGGACCUCCGGUAUUAUCCUAUCAUUCAAUGCACACGGUUGGCAAUUCCAUGUAUGUUUUCGGAGGACGAAAUGUAUUAGGAGAUUCGUCAAAUGAUAUGUGGUGUUUGCAUAUGAAAGACAAAUGUUGGAAAAAAUGUAAUUUUAAUGACACUGUGAAACCUCCUGCUAUAUCUGGACAUUGCCUGAUUAGUCAUUUUACUCCUGUAUUGCAAAAGAAAAAUGAACCUCGCACAAGAUCCUUACCCAAUGUAAAGAAGAAGAAAGCUAGUUUAAAGAGCACUCCGCCAACAAAACAACGAAGCGUAUCUUGUGGAAAAUUACCAAACAAUUCACAAUUUUUGCAAAAAUCUGAGAGCUUUGACGCAGAAAACGAAAUAAACUUUUUAGAUAAAACAGUGCUGGUAACGAAAAACUGCCCAAGCGAAUAUGCAUAUGAUAACCCUGCGAGUGAAUUAUCUGAUAAAGAUACUUUACCUCGUAUUGAUACAAUUCCAUCUGAUAAGGUUGCAAGCUUAUCUACAGAAGAAAGUGAAAGUGUUAACGCUGCUGGUGAUAAAUUGCCUUCAAACACUUUUCUUGAUGGUUCAAAAUUCUUUCAAGUUCCGAAACCGUCAAUGCGGACUAAAUUACAUAACAGUAAUAUGCGUUAUGGUUAUGUUUCAUCGAGGAUGAAGCAUGGCAGUUUACAAGCUCCCGGAAAUGGAUUGUCAAAUUUUUCUUAUAAUCUAAUCCAAGAUUCUUUGGAUAAGACAUCAACUAACUCUACAGAGACUAGCUUCGUAUAUUUACCAAAAGAUUUAAAAAUGGCAGAAAAUGUUGUUCAUACCCCGUUUGAUGAUGGCAACCCAGUGCCCGUUAUAUCUCAUGAAUUCCCAGAUAUUACUACUGUAAAGCCUUUCAGAAUAGAUCAAAAUGAGUCCCCUAAAGUGUGGAAUAUGGAAAUGCAGCCAAUUGAAAAUGAGAUGGGUGCUCAAGCUGAGGCAGCACUGAUCAUUGAUGGCACUAUUGAAAGCAAUCAUAUAGAUGAAAAAUCGAAUUUCGAACUCUCAAGCAAUAUUGCGAAACGUUUUCAAACCCAAUUUUCAGCAUCGUCAGAGCAAGAUAUCGUUAUGUUAGUACUUGGUGGUAGAGUGGCCAACGUAAAUCCUAAUUCUAUUAGCCCAUUUUGCAUGUGGCAAUGCAAAAUACCAUCAGUAGCAUCUUCUUAUUAACCCAUGCUCAUUAUUUGAUCAUAAUAGAUUAUAUUGAAUAAUUCAACAAUAUAUAGUUUCAUACUUAUUUCUAAAAUUCAUCAUCACCAUUACUAACAAUGAUAUGCACAUAUAAAUCCACUAUCACUGAUAAUGAUAGGAGCAUGCAUUUUGACUUGUUUCUAUUACUGAUUACACUUUACAAUGUUCCCUUUCGUAUUUUGCUUUCUAAUUUUUUUACCUAUUCUGCAGUUACUAGAGGAUUUUUUGAGUAGUUCAUUUGUAAUUGACUCGUCGCAAUCAUGCUUCUGUCCAACAAGGUUUGGCUUUAGCUAUUUGUACUUAUUACAUUUAUAAUAAUAUGCUCUCGUUAAUAAAGAUUAUAUAAGUUUAAUAUUACUUUUUUACUGAGAUGAACAGAUUUAUAACCAUUUACUCUCUUGUGUGUUUUAUCAACAUAUUUAAGAUUUAUGUAUUUUCUGUAAAAUUUUUCAUUAAAUAUUUUUCUUAUUACUUGCAAAAUUUAAGUAUAUGUCUUGCAGCCUGAGAUUUUUUUCUUAGCCGCAUAUCUCAAAUAUUUAUUCUAAUAUAUAGUUUAUUUUGAGAUUCAUUAGCUGUAAACUUUUAGUAAUGAGGAAUAAAAGUAUUGAGUAAUAUUAAUAUAUGACAAAAUAAAUGAAGCUGUACUGCUUCACAGUUUAGUCUGCUAAUGAAAAAACAAACGGCAACUAAUAGCUUUGUAAAUAGCUUUAAAUGGUCGUUGCUAAUGCCUCUGCUUAUUAUGUAACAUUGAUAGAUAUUGCAAACUAUGUGAAUACUUAUUUAAAUGACAGUGAUGCUCCCUGCCCUUAUGUUUUUCUGGCAAAGAUUUUUGUGAAAAGUGUUAUCAGCUUAUUUUUUUAAGUAUGAGUAAUUUAUAUUGAUCAAUAUAUUGUCAAGUCACGUUCUAUCUAUCAACAUAUCUUUAUUUAUUUUGCAGUAUUUAUAAUAUAUAUAGGACGAUUCUCUGGGUAAAAUUUCGCAACCUAAUACAACAUGCCUUGCUGUUCCUGUCAUCUUUUUCGUAAUAUUUUUUUUUACAAAGGGAAUCAAAGAAUGAUUGUAUAUGCCCGCAUUACUUUGUCUCAUGAGCUAAUACCAUGAUAUCCUAUCGGGUGAUGUUAUUGGCUCUUUCAGAAUUGUAUUCUGAAUCGUCUUAUCAAUAUCAUGUCAGAAUAUCACAGAUUAUCAUGUGCGGAGAAUGAGUGAGCCUUUGAAAAGCGUCAUUUACAUCUGAAACGACAUAUUUGAGCGCCCAGUCACCGAAGGUUUGAAGUGAUGUGAUAGCAAUAGCAUUUGUUGUCACUUUCAAGUCGAUUACAAUCACAAUGGUUUGCUUCCACGGCACCAGGACAAAUAUUUUAGAUGAGGUUGAUGCAUCUUCAAUUUCUCUCCGACCCAACAGCCAGAAAGAACUGAAAAAUAGGAUGGGAUUUACAUAUUUAUCACGGGGGAAGCGAAAAGCCGCUGGGACGACUUAAUCAUAUGGCGAACCACGGCCUGUCG